AUGGAUUCAACGGUAUUUGAAAAAUUUGGUCAACCGACUGAUUUAGUCACUGAAGCCGAUAUAAAAGUUGAAGAAUUAAUCAAAUCAAAACUGAAAGAAAAAUUUCCGGAUCAUAUGUUUAUCGGAGAAGAGACAAAAGCCGCUGGGGAUAACUAUGAAUUUACAAAUAAACCAACAUGGAUUAUUGAUCCAAUAGAUGGGACAACUAAUUUUGUUCAAGGUUUUCCUUUUGUUGCUGUCUCAAUUGGACUAACUAUCAAUAAGGAACCCGUUGUUGGUGUUGUGUUUAACCCAUUCCCUAAUGAAGUAAGGGGUAUCAUGGUUAAUGGUCACGACUUCAAUGAAGGUCCAGUAAACCUUUUUUGUCGGAAAUGCUUAAGUAUUAGAGGUGGUUCACCAUACGAAGGUGAUGAAAAUUCUAAACAAAGUCAAUUACGCCUUAUUAGAGAAAUGUUGGAUGUUGUUGAAGAAACUGAUUUAGUCACUGAAACUGAUAUAAAAGUUGAAGAAUUAAUCAAAUCAAAACUGAAAGAAAAAUUCCCGGAUCAUAUGUUUAUCGGGGAAGAGACAAAAGCCGCUGGAAACAAUCAUGAAAUUACAGAUAAACCAACAUGGAUUGUUGAUCCAAUAGAUGGAACAACUAAUUUUGUUCAAGGUUUUCCUUUUGUUGCUGUCUCAAUUGGACUAGCUAUCAAUAAGGACCCAUUGUUGCUAUUCACUGCUCGUAAAGGUCAUGGUGCAUUUUUAAAUCAUACAACUAGGCUUCCAUUAUCCCAUCCAUAUCCUCCGCCUGUGCUACCAUCUAGUCUUUCUCAAUGUUUGAUAGCUUACGAAUUUAGUGGUUCUGAUAGAACGGAUUGGCUUCUUAGUAAAAAGAUUGAUUCAGUUCAUAAUUUGGGUAUCGUGGUUAAUGGUCGCGAGUUCAAUGAAGGUCCAGUAGACCUUUUUUGUCGCAAAUUCUUAUGUAUUAGAAGUGGUUCACCAUGUGAAGGUGAUGAAAAUUCUAAACAAAGUCAAUUACGCCUUAUUAGAGAAAUGUUAGAUAUUAUUGAAGAAAUUGAUUGCCCAAGAACUUAA